GUGAGAAGCCAUAGAAUCAACAAGUGAAUAAACCCACCCCCUCGACACCAGACAGCCACGCCCCGUCAAGUCGCCAAUGGGUCACGGACGGAGACAGCAAAGAGUCCCUCCCUCCCUUGGCCGCAGACGGGAUCUCCUCCGCUGAUGUGCAAAUGGUGUCCUCCCCUAACGUCUGAACCAUCUUAACCGACAAUGGCGUGCUCCGGAGCUAUACAUCAUCACCACCCGCUCCCUCCACGUCGGUAUCCCAUCUAUCGUUAUUUAACUCGCCCAUCCCAACGUCGCACAGGACCAUGGCUCUCCCUCUGUCUAGGCCGUCCACCGUGUCACCCCCCAGGCCCCUUUUAAAUCCGCCCAUCCAUCCCCGAUCCUUCCCCUCACCGCUACCACCGCAUCCCCUCCCCACCCCGGGAUCGCCUCCGCCCACCUCUCUAGAUGCACGUCUUGUGAUCGGCGACUUUGCACCGCAAAAUGGCCGCUGCCACUCACCCCGACCUCCGCGAUAGGAGUAGCACCCAGCCCCUGCUCGAGGCAGAUGAGUACGAUGAGUACUCGUGGGUGCUGCUAGAAGACCAUCCGUUGCGCUCGGCUCCCACCGAAUGCUGCCCGGGGAUUCUUUGGGUUAUCCACAGAUGCUACGCGGCGGUGAGCAAGAGAUGGAGCGAUCGCGCCCUCUCAUUGAUCUGCCUGUUCUUGAUGUUCCUGGUUGCCAUCCAGUUCCUAUCACUAUUGCCAUACGGGGUCUCUUACGUCUUCCUUCGCGAUGAGUACAAAGAACAGGCAGGGUUCGUUCAUUGGCCCGUGGAGUUCCAUGACCAGCCCGCUGCUUGUAUCUCUUACAACCCACGCGCACAUUCAAAUGCAAUUCAGUACUCGAUCGCUGCGGGCUGUGCUGGGGUCAAGGCCGAUAUCUGGGUCCAGGACGGUGACCUUCUUGUGGGUUCCUCGAUGUCAAGCCUGAGGAAAGAGUUCACGCUGCGCAGUGUCUAUCUGGAGCCACUGCUGGGUCAACUAGAUGCCAGGAACACCGACCAACUAUCUGAAUGGGAUCCGAUGCAGCAAGUGACUUUGUUCUUGGAGAUCCGGUCAUCAACGCAGGACGUGUGGCCUCGUCUCUUCUCUGAACUGGCUUUGCUCCGCGAACGUGGGUACCUGACCCACCGGAAUGGGACGCUGGUCGUCCCUGGGCCUAUCACCGUUGGUUUAACUGGGAGGAGUCACGCGGACCUUGAUGAUACCUAUCCACAUGGCUUUGAAAGCGUUGUCGAUUAUCUAUUCUUUGAUGAGCAAUUAAUGAUGGAGGCUGAAGGGUCCGGUGCCACCCCAGCAUCCACCGAGGAUGAACCUGAGCAGGACUCAGGGAGCCCAAUCCCGGGCUUAGACAAACCACCCUCUAGCGGAAACUUUCCGCUUUAUAGCGCAUCCGUCAAUUUCAUCGCGACCAUCGGGUCACCUCAUCGAGGUCGAUUCUCUCGGCAGCAGGUCGAGCUGAUCCAGAGCCAAGUGCGAGCCGCCCAUCAACAGGGAGUGCUGGCUCGGUACGAAGGCAUCCCCUGCUACUCGGAGGGGAUUCGACGCAUCAUCUGGAGGAUUUUGGUUAAAGAGGGUGCCGACCUCAUUGAGGUAGACUGGACCGGGUGUGCUAGCCGGGGCUGGCGAUUCUUUAGGAUGUCCGGUAGCCAAACCCGGCAUCUUCCUUGGCCAUGGGGGUAGCCUGUG